CCUCACACACCAACUUUCAUGAUAGGCUAACACUCCAUACUGGUACCUGACUGCAAGCCGAGUCUCUAGUCCUCCCUCUUAGCACCAAAAUUGAUGCCUCUGGUGGCGUCUCAGUGAGAGAGACACCACCUUCGGCCCAUGGCCGAUAUUCUGCAGGCUCCUACACUAGGAAAGAACAAUAUUCUAAAGGAGAUACCAUACAACUCGUAGGCUACAAACCCUUUACAUCUGUUCUGCUCCGAGGGUAUUUUCUUUGAGUGUUCUCCAGCCAGAGGUAACCAUGUCCAGGAGGAAGGUUAGGGGACUGACGCGAACGGGGCGGCAGGUGAGCGAGGACCCUGAUCUGGACAACCUGCUGUCCAACCUGUCCCCUGAGGAGAUGGAGGAGCUGGAGAAGGAGGUGUUGGUGAUACCGGACCUGGAUCCCAACGAGGGAAUAGAACAGCCUGCCACUAACGCUGUCCGGGACCGGGAUGCUAAGCUUGACAGCCGAGAGCGUCCAGGGAAGCUCAGCCAAAGGGAACAGUCUAUUGAGGGAGAACCCAAGAAGGAGAGCCGGAAACAAGAGUACCUGAGGAAGAUGGGCCUGAGUCAGGAGGGGAAGGAAGGAGGAGGGAUCAGGAGGCAAUCAAGUAUCUCCACUGAACGAGAGAACAAGAUGGUGGAGAGAAAUAACAAAGGCCCAGACUGUACUAAAGAGGACAGAGCCAGCCUGUCCAGUAGAUACAGGAGAGAGGAGAGCAAAGAAAAAGAUGUGAAAGAGACCCCUAGAGAAAGCUUCAAAAGAGUUGAGAGUAGCGACACUGACGUGAAAGAUCCAACUAGAGACAGAUUCGGGAGAGGGGAGAGUAGGGACAUUGUAGAGAAAGAGGAUGCCAAAGAAAGAGAUAAAAAUGAGGAUAGCAAGCUUAAGGAGAAAAGAGACAAUAGAUUGAGCACCAGUAAUAAGACAAAAGAAAUGAUCUCCAAGUUACAGGAGAAAAAGGAAAAAGAGGAGAUCAAGGAGAAAGAAAGAAAGGAGGAGAGUAGGAAAAGAGGUGAAAACAAGACAAGGGGACUUGUGUCAAAGUUGGUGGAAAAGCAAAGUCACAUUGAAGAGAGUAAACCAGAAGAUAAGAAAUCCAGAGUGGAAGAGAAAGACAAGCCCAAUAAAGACAAGUUUGACAUGAAACUUGAGCGUCAAAAGUCACCAAAAGAAGAGGAGAGCGGAAGUGAGAAGGAAGAUUCUAAGGAGAAAGUGAAAGAAGAUGGUAAGAAUAAUGAGAAAGACAUGGUGUUAAAACGUAAGGACAGUAUGAAAGCGAAAGAUAGGAGUAUCACAGAUAAGGAAACCGAAGAGAAAAAGGGAAAAGAUUUGAAUGAAGGACUAAAAUCCAUCAAGGGUGAUGAACAACGUGGGAACUGUGUGGCGAACAAGAGCACACCUAGCAAGCCCAAAGUAGAGGAGGAAGAAGACGAGGACUCCAGCAUGUUCGAUGACCUCAUAGAGCAGGUUCGCAGCAACGACCCCACCAUGACCGAGCUCAACGUCAACAACUCUGAGGUCAUCAAGGCUAAAACACUCAUCCAGUUUGCAGAGGCCUUGAAUAAAAACACCCACAUUAAGACAUUCGCCUUGGCCAACUGCCGUGCUGACGACCAUGUGGCCUACGCCAUCGCUGGCACCUUGCGCAGCAACACGUCCAUCACAAGCAUCAACCUGGACUCGAACCUUCUCACCCCCAAGGGUAUAAUGUCCCUGAUCCAAGCCUUGCAGAAAAACACUACACUCACCGAGCUGCGCUUCCACAACCAGAGGCACAUCUGUGGGGGCAAGACAGAAAUGGAAAUGACCAAGAUAUUGAAAGACAACACCACCCUCCUGAAGCUGGGCUAUGGCUUUGAGCUUGCCGGCCCACGCAUGACCAUGACCAACAUCCUGAGCCGUAACAUGGACAAGCAGCGACAGCGGCGCUUACAGGAGCAGAAGCUGGCCCAGGCCAAUGGUGAGAAGAAAGGGGCGCUGGAGGUCCCCAAAACUGCUGGAGGAUUCCUCCGGGGUUCCCCCAAGGCUUCCCCUACACCCUCCCCACAUCCCUCACCAAUGCCCUCGCCGAAGUUGACUCCUAAAAGAGGACGAGGAGGGGGACCUCCUCCACCCCCUCCUCCUGGAGGACCACCCCCACCUCCACCGCCCAUGCUGGACAUAGACUCCCUACGCAACUCCUUGACGCCUGCAUCACAGAGGAAGAUGGAUGAUAAGGCCAAUAAAGCCGGUGUUAACUCCAGGGACCAACUGCUGGACUCCAUUAGGAAUGUCAAUAUGAAGAAACUGAAGAAGGUUGCGGUACCAAAGCUGUUGCAGUAGUCCUCUGGAAUCGAGACCAUAACCCAAGAAAUAGGAAGGACAUAGAUCUCACAGGUGGUCUUGAGCGUGGAUCAAAACUCCUACACAUCCCAUGCAUAGAUAUACACACAGUCUGACCACUGUGCUGCGAGGUUGAUAAGGCAGGCAAGCAGAGAAUGAACAGAUGAUUUCUAUUGGAUGCACGGCUUCCACUGUGCCGUGAGUUCUCUCUAAGCUAGUUCUCUCUAAGCUAUACACUGGACCGCAGGGACCCUGUGGAGGGAGUUUUUCAGCAGGACGUGCCCUGAGGUCCUAUUUGUCUGCCUUUGUCUGUGUUGAUACUUUGCCUGUUAUUUGCACUAGAUUAUGAAGAAGUUCAUAUGGUAUGUGGACAAGCAUAUGUGGCAUGACGUGUACAGUAUAAUGUGGGGUGGUGGUAACUGAAAAGCAGGUCAAACAGUUUUCUGUAAAUUCUAUACAAAUCUACUUUAACCUUCAUUGAAAAAUUGGACUGUAAUUUGACAGUUUAUUUAUUUGUGGAGGGAAUCACCUCGUGGCUUGUGACAUAUCAUUUUGCCAAAACUGCUGAUUCUCCAUGGUAUAUUAUCAGGGAAUUAAAAUGGGGUUAGACUUCAACAAUUCACAGGGGGAGGAGAGAGGUGGUUUGUAAUGUGUGUCGUUGCCAAAUCUCAAGACUGACAUCUCAGGCAAAGUUUUCACAUAAAAAGCAACCUAUAAUCCCAGUCUUCUUUGAACGAUUCAGUAUGAAGUUCAAUCUUCUUUGAACGAUUCAGUAUGAAGUUCAGUUUUUGAACGAUUCAGUAUGAAGUUCAGUCUUCUUUGAACGAUUCAGUAAGGAAGUUCAGUCUUUGAACGAUUCAGUAAGGAAGUUCAGUCUUCUUUGAAUGAUUCAGUAAGGAAGUUCAGUCUUAUUUGAACGAUUCAGUAUGAAGUUCAGUCUUUGAAAGAUUCAUUAAGGAAGUUCAGUUUUCUUUAGAUGUAAGAAUGGUCGCCCUUUUAGUAAUAACAACGUUAUGUAUGAAGCUAUUUUCAUACAUUUUGCUUAAAGUGCAAAAAAUAAUUCUAACAGAAGAAAAACGACACUCAAAAGCAAAGACAACAAAUCAUAGAAUACUAUUUACAGCAACAACAAUGCAAAUAUAUUCUAGGCUGGAUGUCUUAAUCCUAAGGAUGUCAAAACAGUUUAUUUUAUUAACAUGUCAGAGCAGCCUUGUUGAGCUAUGCAAUACUAGCUCCCGAGUGGUGCAGCGGUCUAAGGCACUGCAUCUCAGUGCUAGAGGUGUCACUACAGACCCUGGUUCGAUCCCGGGCUGUAUCACAACCGGCCGUGAUCGGGAGUCCCAUAGGGCGGCGCACAAUUGGCCCAGCGUCGUCCUGGUUAGGGGAGGAUUUGGCCGGGGUAGGCCGUCAUUGUGUUCUUAACCGACUUGCCUAGUUAAAUAAAAGGUUAAAUAAAAUACAAAAUAAUAAUAAAUAAAAUAAAAACUUUAAAAUUGGAUGUGAUGUUGUACAGAGUGUCUCGCUGCUCUAAAAGUGACUUGAUUAUUUGUAUGCAUAAUGUGGUUUCUCUGUCAUAUUGGACUUCACUAACUUUACUUACAGAGCUUGUGUACCUUUAAUAAAAUGUACUUAUAUGUUUGCAAUUGAAAGUGUAAUAUAAUCAACUUUAUUUUAACAACAUUGCAAUGAAGUACAACAAGAAUAAAGGUAAAAAUACUUUGUCUAACAACAAGAUACCGGAUGAGGUAAUAUCUAUCCAUUAUUUGAUAGUACAGUACUGAUAAAGAAAAUGUGAGGGAUACUUUUACUGUAUUUUGUUUAAAUGUUAAACUUCUAUUAAAAAAUAUUUUCCUUUCAGGGGGACAUUCCCAUUUAAAAAAAAAUCUUUAUACAAUUUCUUCUGCUUGAGAAGUAUUCAGUAGGCUAUGUCUGUCUAUUGCUUGGUUGACAGAAUCAGGAAUCAUUUCCAGCAUCUAUAUAAGAUAUGUUGUCUUGGUAGAGCCCUGUAACCUGCAAUGAUUUUGAAGCUUUGUGACCGAAUGGACCAUUCUGUGUGUCAUGCCGAGUAUACAAUGUCAAAUGGAUCCUAAUAAAAUGUUUGCGUACACACA